AUGGCCGUCUUCCUCCUCGCCGCGGUCUCGGCCUGCCACACCGCGUCAUGCCUGGUUCGGCGCACGGGCUUCGAUGCUGCCGGGUGUCAGCCCAGUGGCUACCUCCCGGGCAGGUCCGGCAACUGCGAGAUGAGCAACAGCCCGGACUGCUGCGUCGACGGCAGGCAGUACGUGCAGUUCCUCUGCUCGCCGCCGGUGUCCGCGACCACGCCGGCCGUUCUGACGCUCAAUAGCUUCCAGAAGGGCAAGGACGGAGGCCAUCCGUCCGAGUGCGACAACGCGUACCACGACGACUCGGAGAUGGUCGUCGCCCUCUCCACCGGCUGGUUCAAUGGCAUGUCCCGCUGCGGCCGCACCGUCAUGAUUACCGCGAAGGGUGGCAGCUCAGUGAGCGCAAAGGUGGUGGACGAGUGCGACUCCGUCCACGGUUGUGAUGCCGAGCACAACUACGAGGAGCCAUGCGUCAACAACGUCGUAGACGCCUCACCGGCGGUGUGGGGCGCCCUGGGUCUGGACCAGAACAUCGGUAUUCAGGAUGUUACCUGGUCUGAUGAGUAAACAAUUUUGACCAUAUAUUUAUUCGUGUUCCCGUCAAAAAAGAAAUUCUUUUGUUUAUUCUAAAAUUUAUCAUUACUAAAAAAACAUAUAUCUAUGUAGUGAUGUAUAGUAAGGUACAACAAUCAGGAGUUGCAUCA